AUGACGAGAAAAAGGUACGUUUCUUUUAAUGCUGACGGAUCAGAUUCAAAAGUCUGUGGUGUUGGAGUCCCUCAGGGUGGAGUCCUGUCACCCCUUCUAUUUAACUUGUAUCUGAGAGAUUUGGAACAAUAUCUUCCACCUAACAUGAAGGCUGUCAUGUACGCUGAUGACCUUCUACUUUAUGUAAAAUUCUCUUCUGUCGCCAAUCUUUCCACCGAUGUUUCCGCGGCUCUGGAGAGUCUGUCUGCUUGGCUUGAAACACUGGGAAUGGACGUCGCCCCGCAAAAAACGGUUUGCUGCAUCUUCACAAAAUCUCGAACAUCCUAUGAAGACUUCGCAUUAAGGCUAGGUUCCACUUCGAUCAUAUGUGAUCCUACAAUGAAACACCUGGGCAUACUUUUGGACCGGAAACUAAAAUGGACACCGCAUAUAAAGAUGAUAGCUAAUAAAGCAACGAAGGCACUGGGUAUUCUCAGGAUUAUAACAAGGGCCACAUGGGGCAUUUCUCCCAUGCUGGCCUUGACAGUUUAUAGGAAUUUAAUAAGAGCUAUUCUAGAUUGGGGUUCUCCACUUUUCGCUAAUUCUGCUAUGACCUCCCUAAAAUGCCUGGAUAGGGUGCAGUCUGCAGCCCUCAGAAUGGCACUGGGUUGUAUGAAAUCAACAUCUAUCCCGGUUCUUCUGUCGGAGGCAGGCGAGCCCCCUCUAACACUUCGUAGAACAUUCCUGACGAACUCGUUUAUCCUUCGUAAUUAUUCGUGGUCUGACAACUUGCUAAAUCCCCUUUUGCAUACCCUUAACAGGAAACUAAAAAUUCCAUCACAAUCAAAAGCAUACAACAAAAUACUUUUCGUUCCAACUUAUAUACAGAUGGUUCCUUUGUUGGACAUGGGUUUUAGAUCCGUUAGACCUGCUUAUUUUGACUGGCCCUGGGAGGUCUUAUCAUUCUCUCCUGUGUGCGAUAUCUCUAACGGCAUACUCCUCAAAGACCAUAAUACACCUGAGAUAUUCUUUAGAGAGAUCCUAUCGUCUGAGUUCGAUGGCUACUGUCCUAUAUACACGGAUGCGUCUUUAAACCCUGCAAAUGGAUUGUCUACAGCGGCUUUCUAUGACGAGGUUUCAAACUACACACAAUGUACUCCUCUCCAACCAUACAUCACGAUUCUAACAGCUGAACUCUAUGCCAUCUACACAGCAAUCACAUACGCGAUUGAACACGACAUAUCACGUACUCUUAUAAUCACAGACUCAUUGUCCUCCGUCCAGAGACUCAGGAACUGUCUACUAUAUAAAAACAACCCAUAUAUCAUAUACAGAAUAUUGGAAUUAUUAUAUACAAAUUCCGAUCCUAACACUCUUCCCUCUUUUAAAUUUAUCUGGAUCCCAUCACAUAAUAGCAUUUUGGGCAAUGAAUAUAUCGAUGCAAUUUGCCGUGAAAUUAACAUCUCAAAUAAUAAUAACAGAAUGCAUUUUAAACUCCCACGCGAUGACCUGAGAAUGAGUGUCUUUGCUCCGGACAGGAAAGCAUGGCUUUCCCAUCUCUGGCCAUACUCAGAGAGGGACCUGACGGAGCACAGAUACUUCUCAAGAGUAUCCUUUAAAGCAGCCAAGCCCUGGUUUCUGGAUCUCAACCUUCCGAGGAGUUGGAUAAACGUGGUCACUAGAUUGAGAACAGGUCACACUCUAACGAGUGACCAUUUGAUAAGAAUAAAUUGGAUUGGAGCGGCACGCUGCGAUUGUGGCGAAGAACGUCGUUCCCUUACUCAUUUAUUAAAUGAUUGCCCAAGUUAUGCACCAGCAAGACAUGACUUUAUGAGAUUUUCGCACAGUAAAUUUCCUAAUUCAGUUCCCAACUCGGCAGACGUCGACGAGCUCGUUUUCUCACCCAAUGAGCAAGUGACAGUCUACGACUCUUCGCAGACCCUUCAAAUAUUCCCAACGACGAGACGUGAAAUUAUCAAUGUUGAGAAAUCUUAA